AUGGAGCCCCCAGCUCAGAGCCCCCAGGAGGCAUCAGCUGCCAGCACAGAGACAGCAGAAGACCUCGCCCUGAGGUUACAUACUGCUCUGAGGAACAGGGACUGGGAAAGUGUGCAGGAGCUGCUGGAGAAAGGGGCAGAUGUGAACUCCAGAGGAGAGGCUGGUUGGACCCCGCUGCAGAGCUCCGUGAGAUCUGGGAAUCGGGAGCUGGUCCAGCUCCUCCUGGACAGGGGUGCUUGUCCCCACGCCAGGAAGGACAACGGUGGCACUGCAUUCAUUGAGGCAGCCAUGGUGGGAGAGGUGGAUAUCAUGGAGCUCCUCCUGGGCUACGGGGUAGAGGUGAACGAGCACGAUGACAACGGCUUCACGGCGUUCAUGGAGGCUGCGUGGUAUGGGAAGGAGGAGGCCUUGGAAUUCCUGUACAGGAAAGGAGCAGAUGUGAACCUGAGGAGGGCAGUUAGUGAGGAGAAGGAGAAGCUGCACAAAGGAGGAGCCACAGCACUGAUGGAUGCCUGUAAGAAGGGCCACUUCUCAGUUGUAAAAACUCUUGUUGAGGAGAUGGGGGCUGACAUAAACCUGUGUGACAACAGAGACAGGAAUGCCUUGAUCCAUGCCCUCAAGGAGGAUCCCGACAAGGAGAAGGAGUCUGCUAUCUCCAUAAGCCAUUUCCUGCUGGAACACGGUGUGGAUGUGAAAAGUAAAGAUGAGUGGGGGCAAACGGCUCUCAUCCUAGCUGUUGGAUGGCAGAGCUUGGGUUUGGUGGAAGCUUUACUGGAGAAGGAUGAAAUAAAUAUCGAUGAUGCGGACGAGAAGGGCAACACGGCGCUGAUGGUGGCUGUAGAGAAAAAUCAUUACCAGAUAGCAAAGCUGCUGUGUGAAAGAGGAGCCAGGACUGACAUUGGGAACCUCAUUGAAGUGGCAGACAGGAGACGUGCCCCUGGCAUGGCGAGUCUCCUGCGCCAGCACCAGGCCAGGUUUGUCCCCCAGACCCCUGUCAGCUGGGAGCCAAACAGCGAGCGCUGGAGGCGGCAGCUGAAGGAACUCUACAGAAUGUAUCGCCCCAUGGUUGGCAAGCUGAAGAUAUUUCAGUACAUCAAGCAGAGAAUUCAGAACACUUCCCAGGGUGCCAUCUACCUGGGGCUCCACGAUGGGACGGAGGUGGCAGUAAGAGUAAGCUGCAGUGCAGACUCUGACAGAGACAAAAUCUUCUUCGAGAAGUGUCGUGGCUCUGAGCAUCUCCUGGAGCUCUUCCAGUCUGAGAAGGACAAAGGCUGCAUGUACUUGUGCUUCCCUCUCUGGGAGAGGAACCUUGAAGAACAUCUGCAGGAGCAAGGAGACCAAAUGGAUUGCAAGGAUGCUCUGAGGAUGAUCUUCAAGGCAGUGAGAGAACUGCACUCCCUCGGAUUUGCUCACCAGGAUCUGUAUCCCAGAAACUUUUUCAUAGAUUUAUGUCACAAAAUUUACUUGGCGGACUUUGAUAAUAAAAGAAAGUUGAUUGAAGGCAAGGAAGAGCUUGUAAACUCUGAUUUAGAGGACCUCAGCAGGCUCCUGCUGUAUGUUUUAACACGAGGGAGGAAACCAUUUCAGCAAGUCAGUCCUGAGGAUCUGGCUGGUGAUUCCCCAGAUUACGAGGAGGCUCUGGACCUUGUAAAGAGCCUGAAGUCCCCCGAUGAGCGAGGCUUGGAAGGCCUGAGCAGCCACCCCUAUUUCUGGAGUAAGAAGAGAAGGUUCAACUUCCUGAAGAGUAUAUGGAAUGAAAUCAAAGGGCACAGACAGAGCGACAGAGAAGCUGCCUUUCAGGCCUCUGGUGCUGAUGGAACUUUUCCUUACCCUUCAUGGACCAAGAAGAUUGACAGAUUUGUUCUGGAGACCAUGAGCCCUCCUAACAUGAAAAAGUCAUUCAUGUAUACAGAUGAUGUCACAAGCCUCCUGAGGCUCAUCAGAAACCUGGAUGAACACCCAGAUACCAGUAUCAGCCAGAAGAUAGGAGAUUAUGCUGAGUAUUUCUUGAAGGCUUUUCCAGCACUUACCAUCUAUGCCUACAACAGCUUGCGCCAGAAUUCCAAAUACAGUCACCUCGUGGACAUUCAGGAAGGCUCUCCCUAGGAUGCCUCAUUCCCUCUGUCUGAACCCACCACUGCUGCCUCUUUUUAUGUGCAAAAGAGUGGAAGAAAGUGGGCAAGGAGGUGGGAGAGAGCAUGUGCAGGGGCAGAACAUGGAGGACUUGGACUAAGAAUGCUUCAGAAGCAUUUGGUGCAACAGCCACUGCCUUUGGAGAGCAAUGAUGCUGAGUGCCAGCCCUGGGCCCCCUUGACUUUGUCUGUCCCUCUGGGCUUGUGUGUUUCUGCUCAAGGCCCUGAUCCCUCUGGGGAGCAGGAGGAUGUGGGACAGCCCCCAUGUACCACUGCAUCUGAGGGCUCAGCCAGUGCCAGACAGCAUGGGACUGCUCUUAAAAAGCCAACCAGCCAACCAAGCACAAAGAGUUAGUGCUGCCCGAUGUGCAGAUGGCUCCUGGCAUCCCUGCCCAUCUGGAAGCCUUUCCAGGCUCCAUCUGAACCCGUGUGAGCCUUCUCCUUGCACAUGCAGGCAGCAGAGCCUGGGUGAU